AAGUCUGAAACAAACCUUGUACUCGUAAACGACGUCUGAAUCUAACUCUACCCUUUAAAUCCCCGAUUUCUGAACCUUGAUCUCUCUGAUCCUGGCCUUCCUGGUCGUUUUCUGGGCAAAUAUAAUUCAUGCGCUGGGAGUAGCAGACGUGGCUGGGAUUACAGCAAAUCUAGACUAAGGGUGGGCCUUACUGACCGGUGGGCUUAAAAUUUCAGUUACCCCUUUUUCCUCACCUCAAUCUCUCUGCAAAACCGCGCUUCUGUUCCGCCUGCUCGCCCCGUUUCCUGUUUAGACGCUGCGGCAAUGGAGAUCAUCAGGUGAUCGCGGCGGCGGUAAAGCGAUCCAGGCGGCGCACGUCGUCCCCGAAUCUAGACGUUCAUCCUCGACUCCGCGACCAGUUCCCGACCAGUUGGAGCUCCAACUUCUCAUUAUCCCUGAGACUCUUGACCCGCGGCGGCCGCAACGACCUGCAACUCGCCGGUAGGGGAGACUAGGACAACGAAAGGGAGGAAGGAGGACAUUUUCUGGGAAGUUAAUCAUGGAUCCUUUUGAGGCUUUGAUUGUACGAUUUCACUUCGGUGGCGAGUUCAUCCGAGUUAGUAAUGAAUUACAGUACGUGGGGGGAGAUGAGUCCAUGUCCUGCAUUGAGCGUGCUAAGCUAUGUUUUGUACAGCUGAAAGGCCAUUUGAGUAACCACAUGAAUGUUAAGGCAUCGAUGAAGUAUUAUUAUGUUACUCCUGGUAAGGAAUUGGCCAAUGGCCUGUUAUUUUUGGGUGAUGACAUUAGCUGCAAGAAGAUGUCAGAUUGCACCAUUGAUGGUAGACUGGCUGAAGUAUUUGUGGAGUACCAUGGUGAAGAGGAUGAAGAAGAAAGUGAGAAAAGUGGCAGCGACUUCCAAGAUGAAUUUGAAACUGAAAAUGACAAUGAAGAUGGUGAAAUUUCAGAGCCUGAAGUUGUGCUCAUAGCAGAUGAAAGCAAUGUUAUUGGUGAAGAAAAUAUUCUUGUGCCAGUUGUAGCUCGAGUUAUCAAUUCUGUGGUCACAAGUCCAGCAAAAACGAACAUGAACAGAAACUCAACCUCAAACAGUUUUCAAAGAAGUGAUAAGUUUGGACAGGGAAAGAGCUCACAAGGUGUAUUCUCUCAGGGUGCUAUGACCAGCAGCUCGCAAGUUUUAAAUCCAAACACACAAGGGGGUAGCCAAGGACAUUUACUAGCAGAUCAUAGUGGGAUGGCUGAUAUUGUAGGGGGUGAAUAUGAUAGUGAUUCAGAUGAUUCAGAUUACGUGCUUCCUUCUGAUGACAGUGGUGAAGAUGAUAAAACAGUGCAGCUCAGAAAGUUUGCAAGGAUGUACAAGAAAAAGUUGAAGGAUUCUCAAAGGUUUGUGGAAAGUAAGGCAACAUGUGCAGUCCCAAUUGAUCUUAUGGCAAAUAUUGAAGAAGUAACUGAACAACAGAACAUAGAGGCUGAAUAUGACUCAGGUUCAGAAGAUUUUUCUUAUGAUGAAGCAAGUGAUGGAGAAGGGAAAUUUAUUAGGAGGAGGACCAAAUAUGCAAGAUAUGAUUCAAAUACUGAAAUUCCACACUUCAGUCUCGGAAUGGUGUUCAAAAGCAAGAUUGAAUUUAGAAAGGCGGUGAUUAAAUAUGGAUUAAAGACUUAUAGAAACAUUAAGUUCAUGAAGUCAGAAGAUGACAGGGUGAGGGCAAAGUGUGCAUGGCCAGGAUGUCCUUGGCUCAUAUAUGGUGCUAUUUCCAGCAGAUGCUCAAGGUUUCAAAUAAUAACUUACGAAGAUGAGCACCAUUGCGCUCCAAAUAGAGUCAACAGUCUUGUGUCUGCCAAAGUAAUUGCAAAAAGAUAUGGACAUUUCAUAUUAGCUAACCCUACAUGGAAAAUCAGUAACAUGCAAUGCACCGUUUUGAAGGAUUUCUUCGCUGAUGUCUCUAUAUCAAAGUGUAAGGCAGCCAAAAAAAUUGUCAUGGACAAGUUGCUAUCAGGUUUGAAAGAGGAAUACACUAAGGUGUUUGACUACCAACUAGAACUGCUAAGGAGCAACCCUGGCAGUACUAUUGUUGUAUGCUUGGACCCAACAAUUAUGGAACAAAACAUAUUUCAGAGAUUUUAUGUUUCCUUUGAAGCCUUGAAGAAGGGGUUUAAAGCUGGAUGUAGAAAAGUGAUUGGGCUUGACGGAUGCUUUUUCAAAGGAGCAUGUCAAGGUGAGCUCUUAUGUGCAAUUGGAAGGGAUGCUAAUAACCAGAUGUAUCCUGUUGCUUGGGCGGUUGUAGAGCAGGAAACAAAAGAAAAUUGGGAGUGGUUCAUUGGCCUUUUAAUCAAAGACUUGGAUAUAAAUAAUGAUGGAGAUGGUUGGGUUUUUAUUUCUGACCAGCAAAAGGGAUUGAUAGCUAGCAUGCAGAAUUAUUUGCCAAGGGCACAACACAGAAUGUGUGCAAGGCACAUCUAUGCCAACUGGAAGAAGAAACAUAAAUGCAGAAAUGAACUCAAUUAUGCUCUGUUCUCUUUCCCUUAAUAUUGUAUACUGUACAUAAAUGCAUAAAUGAACUCAAUUAUGCUCUGUUCUCUUUUCAUUAUAUUGUAUACAGUACAUAAAUGCAAAUAUGGAUUCAAUUCUGUUGCGUUCCUCUUUCUUUAUAUUGUAUAUAUUGAACUAAAUUCAUGGUGUUCUCUCUUUUCUUUAUAUCGUAAUCAGUACAUAAAUGCAAAACUGAACUCAUUUUUGCUUUGUUCUCUGUUCUUUAGAUUGUAUACAAUACAUAAAUGUAAAAUUGAACUAAACUCUACUAUUUUCUCAUAUUGCAAC